AUGGACGGCGACGUUGCGGGCCUGGCGCCUCCUCUGGUUCCUCAGGCGCCGGAAACUCUUCGACACCGCAUUAGCGAAGAAUUUAUGUGCAGGCUAGAGCGGGAGACGGGCGUGUCCUUCCUGCCGGCGCACCUUCAUCUGCUGCUGUUCCAGGGCAAGUGGGCGGAAGCCGAAGCGUACGUGGCGGGGCCCAUCGACUUCGCCGGAUGCAGCUGGAUGGCGAGCCUCAUCAUCGCCCGCAUCCGCGUCUUCGACGUCAUGUCCAGGUUCGCCGCCGGCGAGGCCAGCACCGUCUCCAACGCCUUGUUCCGACGGGCAGAGGAGCACCUCCUCGCCAAUCCCAAGCUGCACGGCACCUACCGACUCCUCCACUCCAUGCGCUCCGACCAAGACAAGGCGUCAAAGCUGUAUAGGCGCUUCCAUCAAGGGGCAGUGGAGGCCAUCAUGGGUUGGGUUGCCAAGUGCCCGGAGCUCAAAUCCAAGAUGCGGCCAAAACCUAGUCGCUCCUUCGAUCCUACCUACUUCGUCUCUCUUGGUCCUAGAUUCUGGGAUUGCAGGAGAAGGGGUAAGAAGAGCAAAGCUGGUCGUCGAAUCCCAGCACACACCCUUGCCCAUUUCUUUGUACGGAAGCUUUAUAUUGCAGCGUCAAGCUCAAAAGCCUGAUACAUCAUCUAGUCUUCUUUGUUUUAGCUUUGUCUUAAAUUUGUAAUCCUUGCUUUCUUUUGA